UCGGCUGUUGACAGUUGACAGGAAACGCCAGGAUGUCCCUCUCUUGCCCAAUCAGCAACAGGUGAGGGCGUUCCCUGCCGUUUCCCAUUAUUCCCACGUGAUUGUAGACGCCAGUUCUCAAGCAGGCGGUUGAGUAUCUGGUGUGCAGACGAUGGAUCGUACGGUGUGGUUGUUCGUUGUUUUGGCAAUGGGUGUUCUCUGCCUGAGCCUGGCGCCAGCAUGUGAGGCCCACGACCCUGACGAGGACCUCCUGGGUGAGGACAUGGACGUUGAAGAUGAAGACCUGGACAUGGAUUUGGGAGCAGACGACGAGCCGGAGGACGACCACGACACCCCGGCGCCUCCCAAAACCCCGCCCGUUCCCAAGGUGACCUACAAAGCUCCGGAGCCAAUGGGAGAACACUACUUUGCCGAGUCUUUUGAUCGUGGAACGCUGGACAGCUGGGUGGUGUCCAGUGCCAAGAAGGAAGACACGGAUGAUGACAUCGCCAAGUAUGAUGGCAAGUGGGAGGUAGAGGAGAUGAAGGACAGCAAGCUUCCCGGCGACAAAGGUUUGGUUCUCAAGUCUCGUGCCAAACAUCACGCCAUCUCUGCCCUGCUGCUGCGACCAUUCACUUUUGACACCAUGCCACUCAUUGUUCAGUACGAGGUGAACUUCCAGGCCGGCAUCGACUGCGGCGGUGCUUAUGUGAAGUUGCUCACUCAGACACCUGAACUGGAGCUGGCCCAGUUUGUGGACAAGACGGGAUAUACCAUCAUGUUUGGACCAGACAAAUGCGGAGAGGACUACAAGCUGCACUUCAUUUUCAGACAUAAGAAUCCCAAGACAGGACAAUACGAGGAGAAACACGCCAAGAAGCCCGACGCUGAUCUGCGCACAUAUUACACUGACAAGAAGACGCACCUCUACACCCUCGUGCUAAACCCCGACAACACAUUUGAGAUGCUGGUGGACCAAACGGUGGUGAACAGCGGCAGUUUGCUGACGGACAUGACCCCCCCAGUCAACCCCCCCGCCGAGAUUGAGGACCCAGAUGAUCACAAGCCCGAAGACUGGGACGAGAGACCCAAGAUCCAGGACCCGGAUGCCAGCAAACCUGAAGACUGGGACGAGGACGCUCCUGCUCAGAUUCCCGACGAGAAUGCGGUCAAACCUGACGGCUGGCUGGACGACGAGCCCGAGUACAUCGGAGACCCCGAUGCUGUCAAGCCCGAGGACUGGGACGAGGACAUGGACGGCGAGUGGGAGGCGCCUCAGAUCCCCAACCCGGCCUGCGAGGCGGCGCCAGGCUGCGGCCUUUGGAAGCGCCCCACUAUUGACAACCCUGACUACAAGGGCAAGUGGAAGGCGCCCAUGAUCGACAACCCGAACUACCAGGGCAUUUGGAAGCCUCGCAAGAUUGCCAAUCCGGACUUCUUUGAGGAUCUGCACCCCUUCCGGAUGAGCGCUUUCAGCGCUGUGGGCCUGGAACUGUGGUCCAUGACGUCCGACAUCUUCUUCGACAACUUCCUGGUCACCGACGACCGCAACGUGGCUGAACGCUGGGCCAACGACGGCUGGGGCCUCAAGAAGGCAGCCGAGGGUGCUGCUGAGCCGGGCCUGGCGGCUCAGAUGAUGAACGCGGCAGAGGAGCGUCCAUGGCUUUGGGUCGUCUACGUGCUGACCGUGGCCUUGCCGCUUGUCCUCAUCUUCGUCUUCUGCUGCACCGGCAAGAAAAAAAGCGAGGCCCCAGCGGCGGCGGCGGACUACAAGAAAACGGACGAGCCUCAGCCUGAUGUGAAGGAAGCUGAAGAGGAGGCCCAAGAGGAGGACAUGAGCAGCGCAGAUGGCAAAGGUGACGGCGAGGAAGAGGCCAACGAUGAAAGCCCCGCCGACAAAGAGGAGGUGGAUGGCGACAAGGAGGAAGAGGACAAGGAGGAAGAGGACAAGGAGGCGUCAGUUGAAGAGAAGUUGGAGGAUGACGUUCUGCGGAGAUCUCCCAGGAACAGGAAGGUCAGAAAGGACUGAUCAGUCUCAAGCCGCAGCCUACCUCCCUCGCUGUAUUCCCCAUCCCCCCUCGCAACCAUUCUCGGCCUCUCAGCCUCUACGCAGAAGCGGGUGGGAAAAGAAUGAAAGCGCCGACAAUUCCAGUGCUGGCAGGACUGACUUUGACGGAAGUUUUUUUUUUAUUAUUAUUAAUAUUUUUAUUUUGAAAGAGAUUAUCCAAGUCCAUUUGCAUCUUCCUGCAUCAUUCCGAAACAAAACGUCAGCGCAGAGCCCAACUCGCUACACCAUCAGAUGGACAGUCGAACAACAUUGGGAUGCUGUCGUACACUUGUUAUUGCUAUCAAAUGAUUGAAAUGAUCAGAACCAGCCAUAGUUGGAAUCUAAUUGGGUAGUUCAUCAUCUGGCAGCCAUUAAUUAAUUAGCUUUCUAAUGUUCAGCACUUGGGGGGGGGAAAGUCACAAAAGGUGGUUCCACAGUUUGUUACUCCUGCCAACAUCGUCGAAGAGCUUGUCAUUGUCCUUCGUGAGAUUAUACAUCAUCGGCAUAGAUAGGUGAAUGAAACAUUAAGUAAAUCUAAUAAUUGUUUUCUUGACUUUUGCCUCAAGUUUUGAUUUUCAUUUCAAAACAUUUGAGGAAGCAAUUUCCUUGUACUCCUUUUGUUGACAUCUCACCUUGUGAUGUGUCAGUUCUGACAAUUCAUCAUGAGAUUGCAAUCAAAUAUGAAGGUUGAUGAUCAAAGACUAGUUUUGUUUUUAAAUAUUAUUUGAUCAAUCAUUUUAACGUAGAUAUGCACUGAACAGGAAGAGGCUGAGUCACAUCCUGUUUUGAAGCGUCGCUUUCUCAGUGCGUCUGUUUCCUUUGCUACUUAGCUUAGCCUUAGCUGUGGAACUCGAGUCAGUUUCUUUUGUUUUUGUCUUCACAAUCGGCUUACUCAUUGACUGUCGUAGAAAUUAUAGGUCUGUUUAGGUCCCACUAUAUAAACGUCUCGAUAUAGUGAGAAGGGAGAGCGGAAUGAUAUUGAACAGUAAAGAAUCAUUAACUCAUUUCUGACUCCCUAAUCAAUAUUUUGAUUUUAUUAUAUGGCAUCUAAUAUUGUGAUAAGGGAGUGGGGUAUGACUUUGAACAGUUGCGGCGUUAAGUAUCAUUCACUCGUUCCUGACUCCCUAAGUAAUAUUUUGAUUUUAUUACAUGGGAUUGAGAUUGAUCCUAAAGUCUUUAGUCCACUAGCAUUGUCAUCAACAUGACGCUGCCUGCUAACACGGUAAGGUUCACUUGCUAACUGGUCUUUGUUUUUUAUUAAUAUAUUGAUUUUUCAUUUUUAGCAUUUUGUGUUGAAACUAUAGCGUUGGCCCCGCCUCUUCCUGCUGUACAUGUGGCGUGGCAAGCGAGCAAGAUGCUGCCAGUAAGGUCCAACUUUGACUAGAAAUACUGUGACAGAUGCUGAUGUGUUUUGAUGAAUAAAAAAGGCCAAACGGAACAUAAA